AUGAAGGCCGUUCAUUUUCUCUCCCAAGUCUUGGUCCUUCUAGCCGGGUCCAGUUCGGUCUUGGCCAAGGAUAGGAAACUCACUAUCAAAAACUCCUGCGCCGCCAAAGUCUGCCCGGGGGUCGACCAAUCCGCCGCGAAGAAGAAGCUAUCCUUCCCCAACGGAAAAUCCGGCAACCUCGGCGGGUGGUGUCUCGGUUCGGGCGAGUCUACCGUACUGACCCUGCCCGGGACUUGGAGCGGCAAGUUCUGGGGCAGGACCGGGUGUGAUGAAGGUGGGAAGUGCGUUACGGGAAAUUGUGGGGGUGUGGACUGUACGGGCGGGAACGAAGGGUCUGUCACUCUAGCCGAGAUUACUACUUUUGACGGCAGUAACGCUCAGGAAUUUGACUUCUAUGACAUCAGUCUUGUCGACGGCUUCAACAUCCCGGCUUCCUUGAGCCUGCCUGGAAGCCAAUGCCCGACCUCGUCUUGCGAAGGCAAUGCCAACGCCCACUGUCCCGACGAACUUCGUACCUCGAUCGACAAGGGCACCAACAUGGCCUGCAUGUCCGCCUGCAAAGCUGGGUUCGGGGUCGCCACCGUGUCUCACGGAGGAGGCAGUUCCAAGGCGAGCAUGAACUGUUGUUCAGGGCCCUGGGCCUCUCCUGAGAACUGUCCGAAGGAUUGUAUCGACUACUACGGCGCGCUGAAGGACGCCUGUUCGACCGGUUACGCUUAUGCCUUCGAUGAGAACCAUAAAAAUUCUCUCGGAAGCUGUCCAGGCGAUCAACCCGACUACGAGCUGGAGUUUUGCCCAGGCGGGUCUUCUUACGAAGGAAACGCUGGUGGAGAUACCAAGUACCUCAACCAGAUUUCUUCGCACGAGACUUGCGCUGCAAAGCCCUUGCUGCCCGGUUGGAGUAUCGUCGAGCCGGCAACCCUUUUCGCCGGAGGAGGCAAAAGUUCCAAUCAAGAACCUCAGGCCAACACCGAGCAGAAGGGCAUCGGCUCUCCAAGUUCAGCCUCUUCCACCACCUCAGAACCCACUGGAGACGCUGCAAUCCCUCCUGUCCCGGUGAAUUCGGCGGCCUCUUCUUCUAUCGCUCUGGGCGUGGCAACCGGCCCAGCCGAGAUUGUAGCCACGACCGAAAACGCAGUACCUGCACCUGCACCUGCAGCGACCUCGGCUUCGCCUACGACCCUGACCGAUUCCGUCGAGCCCGUCGUCCCUCCCAAAGGCGCGGCGACGACCGCCACUGACCCUGCUCCAUUCGUGCCCACCGUGCCCGCUCCGACCGAGCCCGCGGAGACAGUUCAAACCGGCCGUGGACAUCAUCACGGAUUCGGGAACCCUCCCACGAAACGAGACGAGCAAGAACGUUCGGUUCCGCCUGGUGAAGGUGGUAAUUACGCUGCGAAAAGGUCAGCUCGUCAGCACAAGAAGAGGUUGAUCCACAAGUCUGGCGCCGGCAUCUUGUAAGGCCGCUUGACCACAAAUACCCCUCGCUCUUGAUAGGGACAUGCUUUUGUGGAGACAUGAACAUAUCAUCUGCUUUUUUUUUUUU